AUGGAAAAGCCGUCAGAUGGUCUGAAUGAUGACCAGGCUGAGCAGCGCUCUUGUCUUAUAUGUGGAGACCGCGCCACAGGACUGCACUAUGGCAUUAUUUCAUGCGAGGGCUGCAAGGGUUUCUUCAAGCGCAGCAUCUGCAACAAGCGCGUGUAUCGAUGCAGCCGCGACAAAAACUGCGAGAUGUCCCGCAAACAGCGCAACCGCUGUCAAUACUGCCGCCUGCUCAAGUGCCUGCAGAUGGGUAUGAACCGCAAAGCAAUCCGAGAAGAUGGCAUGCCGGGAGGAAGAAACAAAAGCAUCGGCCCUGUACAGAUUUCCGAUGAGGAGAUCGAGCGGAUUAUGUCCGGACAGGAGUUUAAGGAUGAAGCGAACAUGCCGGAGCACACAUGGGGAAACAACGGCGACAGCGACCACAGUUCACCCGGCAAUGGAGUCUCUGAUGGGAAUCAGCCAUCGCCUGUGUCCACACUGUCAUCCAAUCGCUCUGUGGAGCUGAACGGCUACACCACAGCUCUGAGGGAGCAGUAUAUCGGCAAUGCGAUGGCUCAACACUACCAGUUUCUGCCUCAUCUGUUCGGAUACGCAGCACAGCCGCGGAGUCUGUACCCGCAGAGCCACACACUCAUCAGCCAGCUGGUGGCAGCAGAGGAUCUGGCGCCCCUGGGCACACCCAUGCUCAUUGAGGAUGGGUAUCGCGUGACUCAGGUGGAGUUGUUUGCUCUGCUGUGUCGUCUGGCAGAUGAGCUGCUCUUCAGGCAGAUCUCCUGGAUAAAGAAGCUGCCGUUCUUCUGUGAUCUCUCCAUCGAGGACUACACACGACUCCUGAGCGCCACCUGGCAGGAGCUCAUCCUGCUGGCCUGUCUGACCGUCUACAGCGCUCAGGUGCUCGGAGACCUGGCCAACGUCACACACAAAUACACACCGUCAGACGACGAGCUGCACAGUUUCAGUGAGGACGGGAUGGAGGUGAUGGAGAAGCUGAUCUAUCUCUUCCGCAAGUUUCAUCAGAUGAAGGUCAGCAAUGAGGAGUACGCCUGCAUGAAGGCCAUUAACUUCCUUAACCAAGAUAUCCGUGGACUGACCAAUGUGACGCAGCUGGAGCAGUUGAACAAGCGUUAUUGGUACGUUUGUCAGGAUUACACGGAGUACAAGUACCCUCACCAGCCCAAACGCUUCCCUGAGAUCAUGAUGUGUCUGCCAGAGAUACGCUGCAUUGCAGGGAAGCUGGUGAACAUCCCUCUGGAGCAGCUCCCUCUGCUCUUCAAGGCAGUAUUGCACUCCUGUAAGUCCAGUCUGAGCAGCUACAGGACAAGCUCCUCCCCUUGCGUGACGAAGGGUGCCGCUCCUGCCAACUAG